ACUCUGGUGUCUGCUCCGGGGAACUAGCAUGACAGAAGUUUUGUUGCUAGGGCGGAGGAGACCCGAGGAAAGUAAAACAGACAAGAAUACCAUGGGACAAACAGUGAAUGAAGAAUCGAUGGAUGCCAAGGACGACAAUCAAGAGAAAACUACUCAAUCUACUCAGUCAAGUACAUCUUCUGCGCAAAGCAAUAAUUUUGACUGGGACAAGUAUUUGAAAGAGACUGAUUCUGUAAGUGCACCUUCAGAAUACUUCAGACAGUCUAAGACUCCACCAACUAAUGAAUUCCAAGUUGGUAUGAAAUUGGAAGCCCGUGACCCUCGCAACAUCGGUUCAGUGUGUGUUGCUUCUGUUAUUGCAACUACUGGUGCCAGAUUACGUUUACGACUGGAUGGUAGUGACAAUAAGAAUGAUUUUUGGAGACUUGUUGAUUCAUCAGACAUACAGCCUGUUGGGACAUGUGAACAGGCAGGAGAUUUACUUCAACCUCCACUGGGGUACAGAAUGAAUGUUUCAUCAUGGCCCAUGUUCUUACUACGGACACUAACUGGAUCUGAACUGGCCCCUGCAGUGUUCUUUAAGAAGGAACCACCACCGCCACCCCUAAAUAAUUUUAAAGUUGGGAUGAAGAUUGAAGCUGUUGAUAGAAAAAACCCAUUUUUGAUCUGUCCUGCCACAAUUGGAGCUGUCAAAGGAGAUCAAAUUCAUAUUACUUUUGAUGGGUGGAGUGGAACAUUUGAUUAUUGGUGCAAAUAUGAUUCCCGGGACAUCUUCCCAGUUGGAUGGUGUUGCCUUACAGGAGAUAUAUUGCAGCCACCAGGAAGUAUUGCUGAAAAGAAACCAAGGAGCAGAGGAGUGACUAGACCUUGGAAAGAUGGAGCCACAGCUUUGGAAAGUGUAGAAGCAGCCCCAGAAGCUGCAGAAAAACCCAAGGGCAGUAUAUUCACUAACCCUUUUGAGGAUGAAGACAGACCUGUGAAAGAUGAGCAAGCAGCCCCAGCUGGGGGAAAAACCAAGGGCAGAGGAUUCGCCAAACCUGGGCAAGAUGAAGCCAGAUCUGGAAAAGAUAACCAAGCAGCUCCAGCUGGGAAAAAACCCAAGGGCAGAGGAUUUACCAAACCUUGGGAAGAAAAAACCAGACCGGGGAAAGAUGUCCAAACAGCCUCAGCUGGGAAAAAACCCAAGGGCAGAGGAUUCACGAAAGCUUGGGAAGAUGAAGCCAGACCAGGGAAAGAUGUCCAAACAGCCCCAGUUGAGAAAAAACCCAAGAGGAAGAGAGUCACCAAACCUUGGAAAGAACAGGCCACACCUUUUGAAGAUGAAGCAGCAGCCCCAGCUGAGAAAAAACACAAGGGCAAAGUAGUCACUAACGUUUGGGAAGACGAAAUCAUAACUAUUGAAGAUGAUGAUGAUGAUGAAGCUCCAGCUGAGGAAACACAAAAGGGCGAAACAAUCACCACACCAUGGAAAGACCAAGGAGGACUUUUUGAAUUUGGAGAAGCAGCCCCAGCUAAGAAAAAACAAAAAGGCAAGACAGUGACCAAACCAUGGAGAGACCAAGGCGGACUUUUUGAAUAUGAAGAAACAGGCCCAGCUGAGAAAAUACAUAAGGGCAAGACAGUGACCAAGCCAUGGAGAGACCAAGGAGGACUUUUUGAAUAUGAAGAAGCAGGCCCAGCUGAGAAAAAACAAAAAGGCAAAUCGGUGACCAAGCCAUGGAGAGACCAAGGCGGACUUUUUGAAUAUAAAAAGGCAAGCCCAGCUGAGAAAAAAUACAAGGGUAAGAAAGUGACCAAGACAUGGAGAGACCAAGGAGGACUUUUUGAAUAUGAAGAAGCAGACCCAGCUGAGAAAAUACACAAAGGCAAGACAGUGACCAAACCAUGGAAGGACCAAGGAGGACUUUUUGAAUAUGAAGAAGCAGGCCCAGCUGAGAAAAAACGCAAAGGCAAAACAGUCACCAAACCAUGGAAGGGCCAAGGCGGACUUUUUGAAUAUGAAGAAGCAGGCCCAGCUAAGAAAAAAUACAAGGGCAAAACAGUGACCAAACCAUGGAAGGACCAAGGUGGAGUUUUUGAAUAUGAAGAAGCAGGCCCAGCUGAGAAAAAACGUAAGGGCAAAACAGUCACCAAAUCAUGGAAAGACCAAGGUGGACUUUUUGAAUAUGAAGAAGCAGGCCCAGCUGAGAAAAAACGCAAGGGCAAGACAGUCACCAAUCCUUGGAAAGAACAAGCUGGAAUUUUUGAAGAUGAAGAAGCUGCCCUAGCUGAGAAAAAACGCAAGCGCAAAAGAGUCAGCAAAUUUUGGAAAGACCAAGCCAAACUUUUGGAAGAUGAAGAAGCAAUUCCAGCUCUUUUCUCAGCCCUUUCAGUGCACAGUACAGAGAACACACCGCCUUCCUCCGCUGAACAAACAAAAUCUUCCACUUCUGAGAUAACAAAGCCUUCCACCUCUCAGAAAACAAAGUCUCCCACCUCCAAAGGGGCUCAAUCUUCAAAGAAGUCUUCACGGAAAACAACCAUUGUACUACCAAUACCAAAGGCUAGCAAGAAGUCAGGACAAACUAAGCCAACUAGAGAUACUUCAGCUACUAAGAAAGGCAUUACUAUUAAAAUUGUCCUACCAAAGAAGAAAGGUGGAAAGUCAGGAAAAAAGGAAAAAGGUAUUCCAGUUGUUUCUUCUACAUCUUCAGCUUCUCUCAGUUCACUGAUGAAAAGUUCUUCAUCUAAUAAGUCUUCUGCAGGGCCAUCUAAAAUAGUGAUGUCUACAGUCUGUGUCUAUAUAAAUAAACAUGGAGAUUGUGGCCCCUACCUGGAUCCACAAAAAGUUCAGCAGCUGCCUGACCACUUUGGCCCAGGCCCUGUGAAUGUGAUUCUCCGGCGGACUGUGCAGGCCUGUGUGGAUUGUGCCAUUGAUGCCAAGGCUGUGUUUCUAUUUCUUAAGCCAGACACUCGAGGAGGAGAAAUAAUAACUGCCGCCUUUGAUGGGAAAGUUCAUACCGUUGAGCUCCCUCCAGUGAAUAGUGCAUCAUUUGCGCUUCGCUUUCUUGAAAAUUUCUGUCACAGCCUGCAGUGUGAUAAGUUUUUGAGUAGCCAGCCUUUCAACCCUAAGGCUCGUAUGGAUACCCCUACAACAGACAUUGAUCAAAACAAACCAGCAGUAAAUGAGGAACUAAAGGAAAGGAGAAGCCUCAAACGAUUUUCUCAGCAACCUCUACCUUUGGCUCCUGCCUCAUCAAAGGCUCCCAGAAAGACUGGGCGACCCUCUAAAGCUUCAAGUUAUAUAGCUGUACCUGACCCCAGUGUCCUGAAACAAGGCUUCUCUAAGGACCCUUCAACCUGGUCUGUGGAUGAAGUGAUACAGUUUAUGAAACAUACAGAUCCUCACAUAUCAGGCCCCCUCGCCGACCUCUUCAGGCAACAUGAAAUUGAUGGGAAAGCUCUGCUACUGCUGAAGAGUGAGCUGAUGAUGAAAUAUAUGGGGCUGAAACUAGGACCAGCAUUAAAACUAUGUUACUACAUUGAAAAACUUAAAGAAGUAAAAUACAAUUGAAAAUGUGCAAAUUUAGAUUAGAGACAAUUCUCAGGUAUACUGAAAAUAUUUUACCCUACAAAUAGUUUUCUUCUCAUCAGUUUUUGUUUUAUAAAAGGUUUUUAUGAAAAUGUUUUAUCAAAAUUGUAGUACAAUUACAUUGACAGUAUACUCUUACUCUUUAAACACCAUUGAAUAUGUUUUAUUAGCAUACUUAUAACUGGCAAUUUCUUAUUUAUGUCUUUAUUACUUUUAUUGUGUUUACAAGUGUACUUCAUGUAGCAAACAGAGGAAAACCUUUUAUUUGGAUUAAUCUUUAUAUCUAGAACCAAAUAGCUAAACCCCAAAGGGGAAAAUACCAGCAACCUAACCUCUAUUAUAAAAACAUGAGAAUUUUUCCUCAAAAGAGAAUUUAAAGAUGCACUUAACUCUCAACUCCUUCACAAUUAUUUUGUAUGUCUGAUUUUACAGUGUUCUGUUCAUGACAUACUACUACAAGAAAGGGAAGAGCCAUAUAAAUUAUUUUCCUUUCUGUUGGUGCCCUUGGUGGUAUAUUUGUUCAUACAAAGGGGGAAAAGCAAGUUUAUAAGCUUGCAUAAAGUGUUCUUACUAGUCUUUGAUAUUUUUUAAACUGUGGGAUAGAUUAAAGUGAAAAUUUUUGUGCAGGAGAUGUAUAUUCUACCAGAGUUCAUUGGAUGCAAUUGGACAAACUUUAUACCUAUUUUUCAAUUUUCUGUAUUUUUGCUAAGCUCGAACAUUAGACAUUCAAUUCCAACAUCUCUAUUUCCAAAAAUAUUUGUGUCCAGACUUUAAAAUGUGUUUUAUUUUGUGUUUAUUACUCAUACAGAUACUUUAGCAUAUUUAUAUACUAUUCUAUAUCUGUGAGAAUACACAAGUGAUCUUUUGAUUUAUUAUGGCACUUUACACUGCCAAAGAGGUAAUAAAGAACUAUAUAUAGAUGUUUAUUCUAUUAAAAAUAUGUACAUCAUUUUGCUAUCACCAGUACCUCUCAACUUAUUAUUCAGGUAAUAAGAAACUCUACAUUGAUUGGCUCUCACACAGGGAAGCUCUCUAUCCUAUGCAAUAUUUCUAAUUAAUUUACUUAGUUCUGAGCCAUCAAUUCUACUACAUUUUAAAAGAUAACCUUAGUUCUGACAUUGGGGCUCCAUUUUUAUAAAUGAGAGCUUUCAAAAGAAAAUGACAUUGCAUGCCAUUACUUUAUAUAGUGGUGUAAUACAUUAUAAACUAUGAGAAUCAGUUAUAUAUGUAUUAUCCAUUUGUUCUAAAUGUCAACAAAAUGUUCACCAGGACAAGAAUAUGAUUUUUCUCUUUGGAAUACCAAAUGUGUUUUAUACAAUUCAAAUGUAUAAAAGAUUACUUCACCUAUGUCAUUUCUGAUACGACUAGAAUCUUACUUAAACUUGAUCUUCUUGCAAAUUGUUUGUAUGAAGAUGCUAUGUCCAGUUGAAUGGUCCUCAGGUGUUUAUAAUACUGUGUUUUAUAAACCAGAUUUAAAGAAUAUAAUAAAGUUAAA